AGAAGAGGCAGUGGGCAUUGGAUCUUGGAACUUUCCCAUGGGAAGGUGUUUCUCUACAUUGUUCUUUGUAGACCCUAAAAUGGGCUCAUGCUACAAUUUUCAGUGCUAAGACAGCAUCUAAUGCUCUACAGUAGAAGAAGGCCAUGCAGGAAGGAUCACAGGUUAUAUUUUGCUUGCUAGAAACUGGAAAAAAGAGGGACAGAGCUUUACUUUGUUCCGCUGCACUGUGUAAUAAAGGCAGCUAUUCGAUUCAGCUGGUUGUGCAAUUUGCUCGAGAAAUUUCCACAAUUAUUCAGACAUUCUGAUGUCAGGACACAACCAUUGUCCUCCUUCCUCUUGGGCCAUGUUUUAGUUCUCGGUCACGUGUGCGAAAGCAAAGCCGCAAUCGGAAACAUGCCUGCAGAUGCCAAUUUUCAGGACCUCAUCAGUCACAACCCUUAUAAAAGCCAUGGCAUAACCCAAAACAAAUUGCACAUCAGAUCAUCAACGCAGACAGACCGAGAAUGUGGAGUGCAGGAUGCAUGGAGCAAUGGAUGCCAACAGCAGCGAUGGUGGUCACGAACAUCGUGAUUGCCGUCAUGACUGCGCUUCUCAAGCAGGCGCUGAACCAGGGGAUGAACCGGCUGGUCCUCAUCACUUUCAGGCAGAUGCUGGCCACUGUAUUCCUUGGCCCCAUUGCCUACUUCAAGGAAAGAAAGAGAAGACCAAAGUUCACUGCUGAGGUCUUUGUGUACAUGUUCCUUAGUGGAAUCCUCGGUCCGGUGCUGCUUCAGUACACGCUCUUCGUCGGAUUGGAGUACACAACAGCAACAUUUGCUGCAACUUUCUCGAAUCUGCUCCCAGUGGUUACCUUCUUGAUAUCACUCGCUUUCGGGUAUGAGGCCCUAGAGGUGAGGAGCAAGUCGGGAAGCGCCAAGAUGUCAGGCACUCUGGUGUCCCUCACCGGAGCCAUGCUGCUCACCUUCUACAAGGGCACAUCCCUCACCCACCACCACCAUUUAGCAUCCUCUCCACCCAGCACCCCAGUGGUCGUGUCCAGCGACGUUAACGACCAUGGGCACGCCAGCGCGGUGCGAUGGGUGCUGGGCUCAGUGUCGAUGCUGGCCAACGUCGUCGGCUUCGCGGUGUGGCUGCUGCUGCAGCGUCUGCUCAUGCGAAGGUACCCUGCGGUGUACUCUGCCACAGCUGUCAUGUCCCUGCUCAGCUUCGUACAGGCGGGGGCUCUGGCGCUGUCAACGCAGCGGAUCACCGUGGAGAUGUGGAAGCUCAGGGGCACCGUGGAGAUCGCCGCUGUCGUGUACUGCGGCGUGGUGGCUUCUGGGAUCGGGUACCUCUUGCUGACGUACUGCGUGGAGAAGAGGGGCCCGGUGUUCACCGCGGCCUUCAGCCCGCUGUCCCAGAUGUUUGUCGCCGGCAUCAACCUUUUCUUCCUCCAUGAGCCACUCUACCUCGGAAGUGUGCUGGGGUCAGUGCUGGUGAUCAUGGGCCUCUACCUUGUCCUGUGGGGCAAGAGGGAGGAAGCUGCCGCCGCAGCCUCGGCAGCUCCGGUGAAGCCGGUGGUGCCCGUGCAGGUAGCAGCUGGUCAGGGAGACGUGGCAGAGCAGCAGGAGAGAGUGUGA